UGUGGGCCUGCAGCUGUUUCCUGGCGCACUUUUGGCAAUUAGGUUUAAUUUAAAACAAUUAAAAUACAGCUUUAGAAAGAAUUUUAUGAUGAGCGAGUCCCAACCCGUAGCGUCUGCAACUCCACCGAGCAAAAAAAAGAUCCUUAGUAACGAGGAGCACGCGCGCAUUUGUCAAUUUAUCAAUAGCUAUCACGGCCUGCCACUGGACUGCGAGUUGGAAAUGGUGCAGCGCAUCUUUCCGGAUGUGGAGCAUUUAACAUUGACCUGCAUAUUGCAAACAGAAAUCUUCAGUAAAACGCGCAGUCAGCACUGGCGCUCCGAGCAGCGUGCCAAGCAGCUGCUCCAAACGUACGAAGAUCAAUGUCACCUUUACAAAGACAAUACCCUGCUUAUACGUAUGGCUGUGGUUGAAAAUAUGAGUCCUGUGGCAUUGUCCCGUAUUGUGCUGCAGGAGAAAUAUGAUUUGCGGCAGAAAUCGCAAAUCUCACGCCUGCUAAGAUAUCCGCAUUUAAUCGAGGACCCGCGCUUAGCGGCCAACGUUCAACAAUGUCUUUGCAGUGACAACCAGGAGGGGCCCAUUACGGAUCUGCGUCGGCGAAUAGUUGGUGAGGAAUACGAACUAAAAAUGAAACAGCUCGCAAAGGCGGCGGGCAUGCACUAUUAUGACGAACAGGAUUUGCGACGAAUGGGCUACGAUAAGACGCCUGAUAUUAAAAUGAUAUUGCCCUUCCUUUACAAAGGCGCUGUUGUCAAUUGGAUAGAGAGCAAAGCCAAUUUUGGGGACCUGAAGAGUCACAAGUGGAACAUACAGCAGCAGUUGCAUAGCUACUGUAAUCGUUUUGGGCCUGGCAUUAUCAUCUAUUGGUUUGGCUACCACGAAGAGACACCUAAACUAACUGAAAAUAAUAUAGGUAUUACAGUUCUGGCAGACUUUCCGGCGACCGACGAUUUGGUAUUGCUUCACCUAACAGAGCCGGCGACGUCAAAAUAUGACCAAAGCGUCGGCAGUAAAAAUACCUCUUGACCCUCGCAUUGUACAAAUAUGCUGACGAAUGUAAAAUGUAUCCUAUUUUUUAGUAUGUAGACAUUGAAGUUAAGUCUUGCAUUUAAUAGUGCAUUUAUAUUGACCUUUUUUCUCUCUAUG